AUGCCCCGUACGGUAGGCACUCAGACACUGUCAUCGACCUUCAAACAGGAGGAUCGUACAACUUGCGACUUGAUCGCUUGGGUUCACUGGGUUUUCCAUUCUCUCAUGCCGGAUUCCCAGCUUCAGCUGUUUUCCGGUUUAGUAAAGAUUAUAUUGAAAACAAAGACAUAG